AUGGCACAAUCAGAACCUAAUGGAUUGUUUGCGAUGGUGGAACUCAACUACCAAGGAGUAUUUACUCGUAAUCUUUUAUCUUACACUGGUGGUGUGAAAACCUUGUUCAAUGAUGUUGACUUUUCUUCUAUGACUUAUUCUGAGUGUGUGACCUUUUUCGAACGUUUCAUGCAUGAAGAUUGUAAAAAGUUAAACUGCUGUGAACCAGGCAUUUCCCUGAUGGAAGGGCUUAAUCCCAUUUCAGAUGAUGUGGAAUAUGAUGCUUUUAUUUUUUAUGCUUAUAGAAUAUAUGGUAAAAUUUUAGUUUAUGUGGAUUGUAUUAGGGUUGGUGUUGAUGGGUGGUUUGAUGAUGAAGAUAAUGAUGAUGAUGGACGUGAGUCUUGUAUUGAUGGUGAAAAUGGAUACUUUAUAUCCACACGUAGCUAUUGA